AGUAUAAAUAUCCAGCGGGUGCCUUUGUAGAGCCUGCAGCACGGGGCACCAUGUUCAAGUUGGUGUGCAUCACCCUGCUCCUGGGCUGUGCCUACGGUUGUGGCGUGCCUGCCUUCACACCCAUUACCUCCCGAGUGGUAGGAGGCGAAGAUGCCAGACCCCACAGCUGGCCUUGGCAGAUUUCCCUCCAGAUUACCAUGUCUGGUAGACAGAUACAUGUAUGUGGUGGCACCCUCAUUGCUACCAACUGGGUGCUGACUGCAGCCCACUGUAUUCAAAGAAACAGAGAGUACCUCGUUUAUCUGGGGAAGCACAACCUGAAAAAAAACGAACCUGGCUCUCUGGGUAUUAAGCCGGACAAAAUCAUUGUGAAGGAGGACUGGGACCCCACAACAAUCAGAAAUGACCUUGCCCUGAUCAAACUGUCUCAGCCGGUGAAGCUGAACAACAAAAUCCAGCCAGCCUGCCUGCCGCCAGCGGGCUCCAUCCUUCCUAACCGCUUCUCCUGCUUUAUCACUGGAUGGGGGCAACUCAGCACUGGUGGACCCCUCCCUGAAGUCCUCCAGGAGGCAAUGAUGCCCAUUGUGAAUUAUGCCACAUGCUCUCGGCCAAACUGGUGGGGCAGCAUCGUCAAGACUACCAUGAUCUGUGCAGGAGGAGACGGAUACAUUUCUGGGUGCAAUGGGGAUUCCGGUGGCCCUUUGAUCUGCCGUCCUGGGAGAGCAUGGGAGGUGCACGGCAUCGCAAGCUUUGUGUCUUCUCAGGGCUGCAAUACUUUUCAGAAGCCGACUGUCUUCACUCGGGUUUCUGCCUACAUUGCCUGGAUACGAAAGACGAUGAACAUGGAAAGGGAUUAUGCUUGGAAUGGCACUUACAAUCCCAUAACAGCCUAAUAACCCCUCUCAUCAGAGCUUUCUUGGGUCCAGCUCUGCUUCCAUGGCAUCUCUCACUCAGUUGUUCAGUUCUGGAGGCCAGAUUUCCACCUGGUGUAAACAUGCUUUGUGCCAUCGACUUGAACCGAUUACUGGUUUACAACAAUGCGGGAUCUGUCCCAGGUUCAGGGUCUUUUUUCCAUCUUUUCUUUCCAUGUAUAUCUACUGAAGGAAAUAAAUUGAGACCGGACUCUAGAA